AUGGAACCAGGAAAUGAUUCACAAAUUUCAGAAUUUUUUCUUCUGGGACUAUCAAAGGAACCAGAGCUGCAGCUCCUCAUUUUUGGGCUUUUCCUCUCCAUGUACCUGAUCACUGUGUUUGGGAACCUGCUCAUCCUCCUGGCCGUCAGCUCUGACUCCCACCUCCACACGCCCAUGUACUUCUUCCUGGCCAACCUGUCCUUUGUAGACAUCUGCUUCACCUCCACCACCGUCCCGAAGAUGCUCUGGAACAUCCAGACCCAGACCAAAGUCAUAACUUUUGCAGGCUGCAUCACACAGAUGUAUUUUUUCCUACUCUUUGCUGGAUUGGACAAUUUUCUACUGUCUGUGAUGGCCUAUGACCGGUUCGUGGCCAUCUGUCAACCCUUGCACUACAUGCUGAUCAUGAAACCCACCUACUGUGGGCUGCUUGUUCUGGUGUCCUGGAUGAUGAGCACCCUGAACUCCUUAUUACAAACCUUAAUGAUGUUGUGGCUGUCCUUCUGUACAGAGGUGGAAAUCUCCCACUUUUUCUGUGAAAUCAAUCAGGUGGUCCUGCUUGCCUGUUCUGAUACCUUUCUUAAUGACAUGCUGAUCUAUUUUGCAGCUGGAUUGUUGGGCGGUGCUUCCCUAGCUGGGAUCCUUUACUCUUAUUCUAAGAUAGUUUCUUUUGUAUGUGGAAUCUCAUCAGCUCAGGGCAAGUAUAAGGCAUUUUCCACCUGUGCGUCUCACCUCUCAGUUGUCUCCCUAUUUUAUUGUACUGGCCUGGGAGUGUACCUUAGCUCUGCUGCUACCCAGAGCUCCCACUCGAGUGCCACAGCCUCGGUGAUGUACACGGUGGUCACGCCCAUGCUGAACCCCUUCAUCUACAGCCUGAGGAACAGAGACAUGAAGAGGGCUCUGAAAAGAAUCAUUGGGGUUCCAGUGAUGUAA